UAAACAGGAAGUAAAGGUGACGCCGACGGUCUCCAAUGGAAAUGCGGCAAAUCACUGCAGUCUAAAUACUACAGCCAUCAGGCACUAUCCUUGAUAUAUUACAACAACUCUUUUCUGCAUAAGACCUUAGUGUUUCUGGUGAAGUAGUUGUGCCUACCCGACCCUCCGCGUCUUCGGUAACGUUAGAAGAGCGAUUAGUGGUCACCAUAGUGCUCAACAUGGGCAUCGAACCUGUGUGUCCGUGUUAAUGUAGGUCAACAUGGGCAUCGAACCUGUGUGCAUGUGUGAGCAGGUCAGCAUGGGUCGGAACAGAGCAGAACCUCCAGGCCUGAGGUGUUCAUGACCCAUAGGGUCAUUGUGUGUACGAGAAGGGCAGGGUUACCAUAACGACGAGCGACGCCUUAAAGGAUUAACCCGCUUUGGGUUCAGCUCCCUGCAGCCUUCAGCAUGGCUUUCAAGCCGAAAAGCAGAUUACUGCGUGGGUCGUUUGAAGACAAACUUUCAGAUACAGACUUCAGUGCACAGGGUAAACCGAAGCGUGCGGCUGCACUAAACAGGUCCUCGAAGAGCGAUGACUUCUUCCAGAAGCUGGCGGAGGAGGCUGAGCGGGAGGCCGGGGUGGAGGAUUCUGAUGUUUCGGAGGCCGACCCUACAGACAUACUGAAGAACCUGAAGGAUAUGGACGACAUGGAGGCCGAUCUGUUUGGGGCCAAGAAGCCUGGCUCCGCCCCGCCUCAGGCCAAGAGGUCCAGUCCCCCCGGGGCCAGAGCUGAGAGCACCGCGAGAGCAGGAGGAGCAGGAUCCACCUCGGAGCCGAAGAAGCCAAGCUCCGCCCCUUCCGCCUCCAGCUCGCAGGGAUACAGGAAGUUCGACUUCUCCGAUCUAGAUGACCCCCUGAUUGAUCUUCUAGAUGAGCUGGAUCUAGAAGAAACUAAGUCGGAGCCCAGCAAGGUUCCCCCAAAGAAACCAGUACCGUCCCCCACUGGGACCCCGGUCCUGAAGACCAAGGAACCAGCUAAGGUCGUUAAGAAAGGGGAGGAGCUGACCUUUGACGAUGAUGAAGAUGAUCUCAUUGACGCUCUGGGAUUCGACAACGACAAAGAGAUCCCGAAAAAGAAGGAGGCUUCGCCCCUAAAGUCGAGCAGUGACCCCCCCCAGAGGGCUCGCACCCGGCUGGACGAGAUCCUGGGGAGGGGCACGCCCCCCCGUCUCCUGGAGCGCCCACCAACCGGGGAACGGAAGGAGGAGGCGCCGCAGCCAAUGAGCCGGCAGGACCGGGACAAGCCCGGCAGCGCUAAAGAGCCGCUGCUGGAGGACGAACUCGGGUUCGGCUCGUACCAGCCCACGCUAGGCUCCGCCCCCGAGGGUCGCCAGUCCCGCAGGCAGUCUGUCAGGUUCUCCACGGAGGACAUCAGCAGCUCCACCCUGGAGAGAAAGGCUAAGCCCAGUGCCAAGCCCACCACCCCAAACCCCGCCCCCACCACCACAAACCCCGCCACCAGUCCGUCCAGGGCGCGCUCCUCCUCCGACUGGCUCGGCCUGAAGCCCAGCGACGAGCUGACCUUCCUGGAUGACGACGAGCCCGUCGUCACGGACACCAUCAGGGACCCCACCUCCCCAGCCGCGGGGAGAAGGAACUCGCCCGCCUCGACCAAUGAGAAGGACGGCACAGCGAUGCCCAGAGACCCUGCCCCCAGCCCCGCCCACUUUCCUAACAAAGCGCCCAAGACAGAGGAGGGGAGGAGCCAGAAGGGGAGGGUGGAGGAGGUAGAACAGGAAGGGGAGGAGCAGGAAGAAGAGAAGCAGAAGAAUAAUGAGGAGGAGGAGGACUGGCUCUCGGGAGCUCUGAGCAGGAGGAAGGCUCUGGGGGCCUCCCAGCCAGAGAGGAGGAGGUCCAUGCAGGAGGAGUCGCUGGGCCCGGGUGGAGGAGAGGAGGUCGUCAGCUCCACCGUCGGGAAACCGGCCCCCUCCCCCGCACCCUCCGCGAGGAGACAGGAGACAGAGGAGAACUCAUCAAGCCUCCUGACCGGCCGGAUGCCCAGCCCUGGGGUGCAUUCCAAAGCAGUCAGGGAUGUAGCGCCAACACAAGGAACCCAACUCACCCCCUCACCAGCUCCUGCUCUGCAGCCACAGGUGACCCCCUCCACAGAGAGUCUGCAGCAGCUUCUCCUACAACAGCAGCAGCUCAUGCAAUCCCAGUUCUUGGGCCUAGGGGGCGCCCUGGACUACGGCUGUCUGCUCAAACCAGACCGGGCGGAGCCGCAUCUGGGUGACCGCCAGGCGCUGCAGGCCCGCAUUGCCCACCUUGAGGGACAGGUGAGGGGUCUCCUGCUGGAGAGGGACCAGACCCAGAUGUUGAUGGAGAACGUCCGUCUGAGACACCAGCAGGACAUGGAGCAGCUGGAGACCGCCCACAGGGCGCGGGUGCAGCUGCUGGAGGCCUCGUGGUCGCAGCGGGAGGCGCGGGCGCGGCAGGAGAGCAAGGACCUGGCGGAGAGCCUGGCGGCGGCGGGGCGCACUGCGGAGCAGCAGAGGGCCGAGCUGGCGGCCGCGCACCAGAGGAGGCUGGCCCAGAGCCAGCAGGACCGGGACCGCGAGGUCCAGAGGCUCCGGGACCUCCAGAGGCAGUCCAUCCUAGAGGUGAAGCAGGACCACGAGGAGCAGCUCCUCCGGCUCAAGCGGCUGAAGGAGGAGGAGAUCGAGGCGGUGACCAGCGCCACGUCCCAGACGCGCUCGCUGACGGGCGUCAUGGAGCAGAUGGAGGGCUUCUCCUGCCGCCUGGGAGAGCUGUCCUGCCGCGUAGAGAGCACCCACGAGCACACGGCCCAGGGCCUGGAGCAGGGCGCCAGGCAGCGGGAGGAGCAGCUCCGAGUCAUGCAGGAGCGGCUGGGCCAGCAGCAGAGGGCCAUGGCGGAGGAGCGGGCCCGUCUGAAGGAGGUGAUCACCAGGAUGGAGGUCCAGCUGGGGGAGCAGCAGAGGCAGCUGGAGAAGGAGCGCUGGCGGGUGACGGCGGAGCAGGCCAAGGCGGAGUCGUCCCAGAGGAGCCUGGAGGAGGAGCGGCGCGCCCUGAACCAGCACACCUCCAUGGAGAGGGAGGAGCUGGAGAGGGCCAAGAACGCGCUCCUGGAGGAGCAGCAGGCGGUGAUGACGCGCUGCGGCGAGGAGCGGAGGAAGAUGGCGGCCGAGUGGGCCCAGCUGCACGCCGCCGAGAAGACGAGGCAGGAGCAGGAGGAGCGGCGGGCCGGCCGGCACCUGGAGAGAGACGCCCACGCCCACUCCAACAUCAUCAGCAUUGCCCAGGAGCAGGCGGAGGUGAAGCUGCGCUCCGGUGAGCUCCAGCAGCGGGAGGGGGCCCUGGCCCGGGAGAGGGAGGCCCUGGAGCGGCAGCUGGAAGAGGCGCAGCGGGAGAAGGACCGGCUCAGCGCCACAGCCCUCAAGCUGCAGGCCCGGGCGCAGGAGGUGGAGGCCUUCAGCAAGCUGGCCACAGAGAAGUUCGAGGAGGGCGAGCGAGCACUGCAGACAGCGCGCGGCGUAGAGAGCGAGCACCAGGCCAGGCUGAGGAGCAUCCACUCCCAGAUAGAGCGGCUGAGGCAGCAGGAGGAGCAGCUGCUGCAGGAGAGAGUGAGGAUGACGGACCUGAGGACCGGAGAGGAGCGGUUCAGACAGAGCUACAGGCCCCUGGCCUCCCACCCCAACACGGGCCCUCCUGGACACACAGAUUUCAGUGCCAUGUGGCCAAGCCCAGCGACCCCAGAGCUGGUGGUGGUCCCAGCCAGCCCUCAGCCCAGCCGCUACGGCCUCCAGGCUAGCCUGGCCCUGCUCAGGCACACGGCAGAGAAGGACCGAGACUUCCUGCAGGACGAGCAGUUCUUCCUGGAGACGCUGAAGAAAGGAGCUCUGCAGUCCCUCUUCCACACGCAAUGAAACACCUGACAAUAAACUAUUUUGGGAUACAA